CGCCAAGGAAGAUGGAGCGCUUUCCGCGAAGAGACAUUCUUCAACACCUGGAAUGCGAAAUAGCGGAGAGAUUAUCACUCCACUCCAUCGAUCCUUCCUAGGCGGGCCGCUGACUCUGCGGCUCACUCGUCAAUGCAGAUUGAGGUCAGGGGCUCCUGCUGUUCCCUGCCUCGUAGAUGCCCCUGCCACAUAUCGAGGAAAUGGGUGUAGAGCACCCGCUUCCUCAUCACGCACUAUCAUCUCCGACAACACCUGGCCCUCGUCGCCUUGUCCACACAAACAUCUACCUUGCCUCUAUCGCUUCCGGACGCCUGUCCAACUCACCAUGGCUUCUCCUGUUCGUUUUUCCGAUCAGAUGGUCUCUAGCAACUUCAAGACCGGCGUGGUGUACACGUUGGACGAGGUCAGGGGAGUUAUUGAGCCGCUCUACACUAGCCAACCGCAGUGUCUUAUGUCUCUGGGGGUUCGUGGAAUCUCUUAUUGCAUCUGGAUAUGAGAUCUAUGAGCUAUCGGUUAGUAAUCACAACACACUUUGGGCUAUCCUUGACACAAAUCCGCAGUCUCGCCCACUUCAAGGCGUUCGACUUGCAGCCGGCGGCGUAGGUGCGCCGUUGGCGGGAGCAAUGCCACCACGGGGCACCCGCGAAAUCGAUUCUGCCACGAUUCCAGAGUGGGCACGCGAGCUGUCUGAUACUCAAUACGCAAUAUCCGUACGUCAUUUACGCUUUGACGAUGAUUUCGAAUUGGAGGAUGACAGCGAUCGGGAUCUCAUUAAUCAGGUUCUCGAUCGAAGCGGUCCGAAUAUACUCCCCGAUAGGGGCCAGGAUCCACACCGCUGUCCGGCAAUGUGCGACACUGUACCGAUGCCCGGUUAUCGUCAUUGCCACUUCCACCUUCACUACGCGUGCAAGCAGGUUCAGCAUCCCACAAAGUCAAAAUGGAUGGAGCAGCUGAGUUGGUUGAGGAAGUUUGCCCGGGAGGUGCCGGACAACCUUUGGGUUGUCGACGUGGAGUAUUCGAUGUUCAAUUUCGCCUGCCCCGUCGCUUGGGACAUCACCUUUCGGCGAUUCUCGGAUAGGCGGGUCAUAUUGCACAGUCGCAUCAACUACGCUGGAGCAACAGUCGAUGAGCUCAUAGGGCUAUAUUACAGUGUAUGCCCUCCCGGCUUUCGCCUGGCUGCGCAGACUGAGAGCAGGAUACGGGCCUCUUUCAAACGGCUCUACCCGGCAGGGUUUGCUGCUGGGCUUACAUUCAAACAGAUACGAGCUCGAUUGCUCGAGCAAGGCUUCGAUCCUCUCACUCAUUGUCUGCUGGCUUACGGGAUAUCCUUGGAUCUACAAGUGGUUUGGAAGGUCCUGGCAGGAAUUGAUGAGCCGUUCUGUGCCCCGUAUGGGAAGGAAGACUUCCAAAUGGGCGAGAUCGCGUACACGUGCUUACAGCCAGUCAACGCCCACUAUCUGGCGCGCAAUAUGCUUCAUUGCAAGCGCUACCGGUUGACCGAUGUUUAUCGAACAUUAUUCGGGCUCGAGGAUCAGGAUCCCCACUUCUCCUACUCUGCUACCCUCCUCUUCCUCGAUAUCAUCUACAUUUUCGUCGCAUUCUGAUUUGGAGAUAGCAUUCUCGCCGGUUAGGUGACUAGCGAGUCGCGCACGCACUAG